AUGUCGCUGAAGAUCUUUGAAAUCGAUGGUACCUUGCGUGGCUGCGAGGGGCAGAUCUGGGAUCGCGUCAAUGGCUACAGGUGGUGGAAGAACGAGCUUGCCGAGAAAGAAGGUGGAUUUGAGAAGUUCGCCGAGGGAUACAAGAUCUUCGGCUUCAACAAAACUGAAGGUGGCUACAUCUACCGCGAAUGGCUGCCCAAUGCCAAGCAGGUUUUCCUCAUUGGUGAGCCGCGCGCCGAGAGAAUCAAGAGUCUUCCACUGUUUUGCAGUCUGGUGCUAGACCUCCAGUAA